AUGCGUUUUUUCGCGCUCCUCCCCGUCCUCCUUGGACUCUUGUCUAGCCAUUUUGUCUCUGCGACAGACAAUGGCAAGACUACUGAUGUAACAUGGGAUCAAUACAGUCUUUCAGUCAAAGGAGAGAGGGUGUAUGUGUUUUCCGGUGAAUUCCAUUACCAGCGACUGCCCGUGCCGGAACUAUGGCUCGACGUAUUUCAGAAGCUGCGUGCAAAUGGAUUCAAUGCAAUUUCUAUCUACUUCUUCUGGAGUUACCACUCUGCUUCCGAGGAUACUUUCGACUUCGAGAACGGUGCCCAUGACGUCCAGAGGGUCUUUGAUUAUGCCAAGCAGGCAGGUCUAUAUGUAAUCGCGCGUGCUGGACCGUACUGCAAUGCCGAGACUUCUGCUGGUGGUUUCGCACUGUGGGCGUCCAAUGGUCAAAUGGGCAGCGCGCGCACCAGCGCAAGCUCCUACUAUGACCGAUGGUACCCAUGGAUCCAAAAGAUCGGAAAGAUCAUUGCUGCAAACCAAAUCACAAAUGGUGGUCCAGUCAUUCUAAAUCAACAUGAGAAUGAGUUGCAGGAGUUGACUCACAGUGCCGAUAACACUGUUGUCAAGUACAUGGAACAAAUCAAAGCCGCUUUCGCUGAGGCUGGCAUCGUUGUCCCAAGCUCGCAUAACGAGAAGGGAAUGCGUUCUAUGAGCUGGUCAACAGACUACCAGGAUGUGGGUGGUGCCGUCAACGUCUAUGGUCUGGACUCCUAUCCUGGUGGUCUGUCCUGUACCAACCCGAAUACCGGAUUCAAUCUCGUUCGCACUUAUUACCAGUGGUUCCAGAAUUACUCGAGUUCUCAGCCAGAGUACCUGCCAGAGUUUGAGGGCGGUUGGUUCUCCGCCUGGGGAGGGACUUUCUAUGAUCAAUGCUCUACGGAGCUCUCGCCUGAAUUCCCCGAUGUUUACUAUAAGAAUAACAUUGGUCAAAGAGUCACAUUGCAGAACCUCUAUAUGGUGAUGGGAGCAACUUCUUGGGGACAGAGUGCUGCCCCGGUUGUCUACACUUCAUAUGAUUACUCCGCGCCCAUGCGAGAGACCCGUGAAAUCCGUGACAAGCUCAAGCAGACCAAAUUGAUUGGUCUCUUUACUCGUGUGUCUUCCGACCUUGUACACACCCAAAUGGAAGGGAAUGGAACGGGGUACACUAGUGAUGCUAGUAUCUUUACCUGGGCCUUGCGAAACCCAGAAACCCAUGCCGGUUUCUAUGUUCUCGCGCACUCUACCAGCUCGUCCCGUGCUAUCACUACUACUUCUCUUAAUGUCAACACCUCGGCUGGUGCCAUCACAAUCCCCGAUAUUGAGUUGGCUGGCCGCCAGAGCAAAAUUAUCGUCACGGACUACAAGAUCGGCAAGGGCUCGAGCUUGCUCUAUUCGUCCGCUGAGGUUUUGACCUAUGCCACCCUCGAUGUUGAUGUCAUUGUUUUCUAUCUGAAUAUUGGACAGAAAGGAGAGUUUGUUUUCAAAGACGCACCAGCCGGUCUGACUUUCAAAACGUACGGCAACUCGAAAGUAAGCUCUGCUGCAUCGGAUAAUGGCGCCAAAUACACAUACACUCAAGGAGAUGGCACCACAGUGUUGAAAUUCUCGAACGGCGUGCUGGUUUAUCUUCUCGAUAAGGAGACGGCGUGGAACUUUUUUGCAGUGCCGACUACUUCCAAUCCGACUGUGUCUCCCAGUGAGCAGAUCAUUGCCCUUGGGCCAUAUCUCGUUCGCACAGCAACUGUCAACGGGAACACCGUCAAUCUUGUUGGUGAUAAUGCAAACGGAACAUCUCUUGAAGUCUACACAGGCAACUCAAAGGUUACCAAGGUCAAGUGGAAUGGCAAGGAGAUCAAAACCAAGAAGACAGCCUACGGCAGCUUGGUCGGCUUAGCCCCGGGAGCCGAAAAUUCCAAGGUGUCACUGCCGACUCUGAAAUCAUGGAAAGCGCAAGAUACACUUCCCGAGAUCAACCCAGACUAUGAUGACUCUCGCUGGACCAUCUGCAACAAAACAAAAUCAGUCAACGCUGUAGCACCAUUAACACUUCCUGUGCUUUACUCUGGCGACUAUGGCUACCAUGCUGGAACUAAAGUCUACCGCGGACGGUUCGACGGCGUGACCGCGACCGGUGCAAACCUCACUGUCCAAAACGGCGUAGCUGCUGGCUGGGCCGCCUGGCUAAAUGGAGUCUACGUUGGCGGCGACGUUGGCGACCCCGCCCUAGCAGCGACAUCAGCCGAGCUACUAUUUGAUAGCUCCACCCUCCGCAAGAAAGACAAUGUUCUGACCGUUGUCAUGGAUUACACCGGCCACGACGAGGCAAAUGUGUCACCGAAUGGAGCCCAAAACCCGCGUGGUAUUCUCGGCGCUACGCUUCUUGGCGGUGAUUUCACUUCCUGGCGCAUCCAAGGCAAUGCAGGAGGCGAGACCAACAUUGACCCCGUCCGGGGACCCAUGAACGAAGGAGGUCUCUAUGGAGAGCGUCUUGGCUGGCAUCUACCAGGAUACAAAGCGUCCAAGAUAGCUACAAACGAUAGCCCUCUAGACGGUGUACCUGGUGCUGCAGGCCGAUUCUACACCACGACAUUCAAGCUCGACCUGGACUCCGACCUAGAUGUUCCGAUUGGUCUAGAGCUCGGUGCAUCUGAUUCCCCCGCAGUAGUGCAGAUCUUCAUGAAUGGGUACCAGUUUGGUCAUUACCUGCCACACAUCGGACCCCAAACUAGGUUUCCCUUCCCGCCCGGGGUGAUCAAUAACCGCGGGGAGAAUACACUGGCGAUUAGUAUGUGGGCGCUGACGGAGCAAGGAGCGAAAUUAAGUCAGGUGGAUCUGGUUGCAUAUGGGGCUUAUCGCACUGGAUUCAACUUCAAUCACGAUUGGUCCUACCUGCAGCCACAGUGGAAGAACAACCGGGGGCAAUAUGUUUAG